AAAAACGGGAUUAAUGAGUAAUGAUGCCAGUAGCAGCAGUAGUGAAUCGGAGGAUGAUGUUGAUUUUAAAGGGAACACGGAAGACAACAUGGAUGACAGAAUUGAAGAUAUGACAAGGAGUUUAUUGGGACUAGAUGAGUGUGGAGAAAUGUCGCCAGAACGCUCAAUCUAUCAGAAGAAAUUCAAACGUUAUAAAAAGGCUAUGAAAAAUGCACUUCCACUCAGAUUUGAGAAAACGAAGAAAAAUGAGUUCCCGUUGGAAAAGGCGGGAUGUUUCUCUUCGAUGACCUUCAGUUGGCAGACGUCAAUGAUGUGGAACAUAUAUCGUAAAGGAAUUGACACGAUUAAAGAUAUGACGAUUGGAGAAAAUGAAAAGGCGAAACCAAAUGCUGACAGACUUGAACGCAUUUGGUCAGAGGAACUGAAAAAACGAGGUCCAGAAAAAUCAUCAUUUUCACGUGCAGUAAUGGUGUUUGUUAAGACAAGAAUGAUAUUUGCCUUCCUGUCUCUAUUUGUCACAGUAGCUUUACAGUUCUCCGUGCCAAUUCUACAUUGUGACCAGUGCAGACCAAAAUCAGUCUGCAUCGGUAUCCCUGUAGUCAGACUAGAUAGACUGUGGAAAGAUGAACUUGAGAGAAAAGGGCCACAAAAGGCGUCGUUUGUUAUGACCGUUUUACGUUUUGUCCGUACACGAGUUUUCUUGGCGGUGGUGAUCUUAACAUUUGCAUCUAUUGUGUCUUUCUCCACCCCAGCAUUUGUGCUGCUCCAAUUAUUGUCGUACCUGAAUUCCGGUGAUGUAGAUUUAGGCAUAGGAUUAAGCCUGGUGGCUGGUAUCGUAUUGUGCGAGUUGGGCAGGUCAUUGUUCUUUGCAUUGGCCUGGCAUUUAAAUUAUGCCACAGGAGUUCGUGUACGUGCUGCAACUCAAGCUAUUUUAUUUAGAAAGAUCCUAAAGUUGCGAAGUCUUCAGGACAAAACUGUAGGAGAGAUUGUAAAUCUACUAGGCAAUGACAGUCAGAGAAUAUUUGAAGCUGUAGUAAUCGGUCCUCUGAUGGUACCAGGCCCUGUGGUUCUAUUGAUGGGCCUUAUUUAUAUGUUGAUUCUUAUUGGACCAUGGUCACUUAUUGCCAUGGGAGUGUUUGGAGCGUUCUAUCCUUUAAUGUAUUUGAUAUCAUUCCUGACCACCUACUAUAGAAGAAAGUGCAUCGUUAUUACUGAUAAACGGGUACGGAUGAUGAACGAGCUACUGACAUGUAUAAAGUUGAUCAAAAUGUAUGCCUGGGAAAAAUCAUUCGCCAAAGCUAUUGCAGUGAUACGUGGAGAGGAGAGGGCUGUUCUAGAGAAAGGAGCUUAUGUACAAAGUAUCAGUACUGCUACAGCACCUAUUGUACCUGUAAUUGGAUCAGUGUUCACCUUCCUAGCUUAUGUCCUCACUGGAAAUGAACUCACAGCUGUCAAGGCCUUUACAGUGAUAGCUGUAUUGAACUCCAUGAGAUUUUCCCUGGGUGUUCUACCAUUUGCAGUGAAAGCUUUGGCAGACGCAAAAGUUUCUUUUAAGAGAUACAAGAGUAUUUUACUAAUGGAUGAGAUGGUACCACACCCAUGGCAAGUGUUCAACGACAAAUAUGCUGUUGUACUCAACCGUUCUACUUUUAGAUGGGAGAAACAAUUAACGGAGGGCAUGAAUGGAAAGAGCAAAGAUAAAGUCUCAAAGGUGAAGACAAAAAAUGGUAUUCAAGGUAAAGGUCAUGAUGAACUGCAGAAAUUGAAGGACUCAGAGCAUGUUAAUGGUGAUGUACCCUUUGUUGAUACACCAACCCUACAGGACCUUACCUUUGUUGCUGAAAAGGGUAAACUUAUUGGUAUAUGUGGUAGUGUGGGAUGUGGAAAAUCUUCAUUGCUGUCUGCAGUUCUAGGCAGGAUGUUCCAUGUAUCAGGAAAGGUUGCAGUACAAGGUACACUGGCCUAUGUCACCCAGCAGGCCUGGAUAAUGAACACUACAGUGAGGGAUAAUAUCUUGUUUGGUGAACCAUAUGAUCCAGAUAGAUACCUGGCAGUGGUUGAAUCUUGUGCUUUAAUUCAAGAUUUCUCAGAUUUUGUUGAUGGGGAUCAAACAGAGAUAGGAGAAAGAGGGAUCAAUCUCAGUGGAGGACAAAAACAAAGGAUCAGUCUGGCACGUGCUGUCUACAGUAAUAAAGAUAUUUACUUAUUGGACGACCCUCUCUCAGCAGUUGAUAUACACAUAGGAAGACAUAUAUUCUCAGAAUGUAUCAUGAAACAAUUGAAAGGAAAAACAGUGCUCUUUGUAACUCAUCAACUUCAGUAUUUGAGUAACUGUGACCAGGUGAUAUUUAUGAGAGACGGUGCGAUUACAGACACAGGCACACACAGCGAGAUGAUGAAAGCCGACACAGAAUAUGCUAACCUAAUAAAGAUAUUUUACACUCAGGAAAAAGAAAAAGAAGCUAGUUUAGAUAGUUUAGGAGGCAGACCAAAGUCUAUGCACAGACAGUUUUCUCAAGACCAGCCAGAGAAUUUCAGACAGAGGACUAUUUCCUCUUGUUCUCGAGGGUCACAGGGGUCACCAAGGUCACCAAGGUCAAAGACAAACUUAUUACAUCAGAUGAGUGUCAUGUCAAACAGAACAAUUAGUAUUGAGGAUGACCAUGAACCAAAAGUCGUCUAUUUUGGCAUGGAGACAAUAACAAAUGGAAAUAUAUCAUAUAUCAGUAAUAGUAUAUCAGACCAUCCAGACCUGAGCUUUUACACGACAAUAUACGGCUGCAGUGUUGCUGUCAUAAUUGUAAUGACCACCUUACGAGCAUUUGUUUUCAUGAAGGUAACACUGCGGGCAUCCAGCAACAUGCACAAUGACAUUUUCAAGAAAGUGAUGGGUUCACCGAUGACAUUUUUUGACACCACACCAGUCGGAAGAAUUAUCAACAGAUUCUCUUCGGAUCUUGAUGAAAUUGAUGUCCGCCUACCAGGCACGAGUGAGAUGUUUCUACAGAAUUCGUUACUUAUUUUGUUUGCUAUUGGAAUAAUUGCAUCUAUUAUACCUUGGUUCCUGAUCGCACUGGUUCCCUUAACAUUAUGUUUCCUGGCUCUUAAUGUGGUCUUCACAUCUGGGGUACGGGAGUUGAUGCGUAUGAAUGCCAUUACAAAGUCUCCGGUAAUAAGUCAUGUGACUGCGACAGUUCAGGGUAUCAGCACAGUUCAUGCAUACGGCAAAACAGAACAGUUCCUUGAUAAAUUUCAUAAGUUGUUGGACAUAAAUUCGGGGUAUUUUUAUCUAUUUUACUGUUCAAAUCGUUGGCUGGCAUUCCGUCUAGAUCUCAUGAGUACAGCUAUCGUAGGAGUUACUGGUCUAUGUAUAGUUCUAACAUAUGACAGUCUGAAUCCAGCUGUAGCCGGACUUGCUUUCUCCUUUGCAAUUCAGAUGACUGGGCUGUUCCAGUUUACAAUAAGACAAGCUAUUGAGAGUGAGGCAAAAUUUGUGGCUGUUCAGAGACUUCAACAUUAUUCUCAGGAUGUAGAAUCUGAGGGACCAGCUAUUAUUAAAGAUCACAGACCACCAGCCGAUUGGCCAAAUGCAGGGGAGAUAAAAUUUGAUAAAUACAAAAUGAGAUAUAGGGAUAACCUCCCCUUAGCUCUGAAGUCUGUCGGUUUUACAAUUAAAGCCAAAGAGAAGAUAGGUAUUGUUGGAAGAUCCGGAUCAGGGAAAUCAUCUUUAGGUGUAGCUUUAUUUCGAUUGGUUGAACCAACAUCAGGGACUAUUUAUAUAGAUAAUAUAGAUAUAACAACAAUAGGUCUAGAAGAUUUGAGGUCAAGGUUGGCCAUUAUACCACAAGAUCCUGUACUCUUUGUGGGCACAGUUAGGUACAACUUGGAUCCAUUUUCCAAAUACAAAGAUGCAGAUAUUUGGGAAGCUUUAGAAAAAUGUCAUGUUAAAGACACUAUAAUGUCAUUAGAGUUAAAGUUAGAUCACAUGGUAGUUGAGAAUGGUGAGAAUUUUUCUGUUGGAGAAAGACAGCUGCUCUGUAUGGCCAGAGCUCUUCUCAGGAAUAGUAAGAUUUUAAUGCUAGAUGAAGCCACUGCAGCUAUAGAUACAGAAACUGAUUCUCUUGUACAACAAACAAUUAAAGAAGCUUUUGCUGAAUGUACCAUGUUAAUUAUAGCACAUAGACUUAAUACAGUACUAGGUUGUGAUAGAAUUCUUGUAAUGGAAGAAGGAAAGGUUGUUGAAUAUGGUAGACCUAAAGAUUUGAUGGCCAGUAAUAAGUCAAAGUUUAAAGCCAUGUUAGAAGCUGUGGAGAAACAACAUGAGAUGUUAUAACAUGAUUUAUAUAUAUUACACAACAUGAUGAUGUUAUUAAUGACAUGAUAUACAUGUUUUUGUAACAUGAUAGAGUAAUUAACACAAAGGUGUGAGAAGUUAUAACAUACAUAAUAGAUAGAUAAUUGCAGAAAACAUGAUACAGGUUCACAACAAUGUUAUAACAUGAUAGAAACGUGUAUAACAGCAUGGGAUUACAUCAUAUUUGUGUUCAUCACAUUGAAAUUUAUAACAUUAUAUAAAUAUUCAUAACAUUGGAAGUUAUAACAUGAUAUAAAUAUUCAUAACAUUGGAAGUUAUAACAUGAUAUUUAUAGUUUUCAUAACAUCGGAAGUUAUAACUUUCAUUACAUCAGAAAUAAGAACAUAAGUAUUCAUAACAUUGAAAGUUAUAACAUGACCUAAGUAUGACAUUCAUAAUAGUGAGUGUUAUAACAUGAUAUAACAAUGAAACAAUAUCUGGAGUUAUACAAAUGUAACAUGAUGCUAAAUGAACAUGACUUGAUGUAUUCUGUGUAAAUUACAGUAGGGGAUGGUGAUUGUUGGAAAUAGACAUUUUGUGUGAAUUAUGUUCUAGUCUAUAUGAAUUGAUGAUGUUCACAUGAGUGAGGAAACUACUUUA